UUCGUCGACGGUCGCAUCCAUCCAUCACACAGUAGUUUUUGCACGGCACGGGCACUAGCCUUUUUUUCGGAUCGGAUUCUGCUGAAGAACAAACUUCCAGUGGCAGUCAGUGGAAAAAUAGCAAGUGUUUUCGGAUUCGGAUUCGUGCGUGCUUCCGCGGCGGAAAAACGGAAAACCAGCAAUAGCAGUGAGUGAGAGUGAUCAGAAGUAAUGUAGCAAAAGUCUGUGCGGUGAGGAUUUUCCUCUGGGGCUGCUGUUCUGCUAUUUUGCACCCUCUGGGGCGCUGAAAAAAGAAGAAGAAGAAAAAGGCACACUCACGUACAAGUAGUGGCAGGAGGAGUGCGGAUUGGAACAGUGUUCGAAGGGAAAAACGCGAUUACCUAGGUGGAAGAAUUUUCCCUUUUUUUGCAUUCCAGCAAGGAGGAAAAAAACGGGCUCUGUUCCGGGAUGGUGCGAUAGUGGUUUAAAUGGUGUGUAUCGAAAAUGGAGUAGUAGCAGCAAAUAAUCGACGACCAGCGGAGAGUGUUCUUCUGACGACUGUGAAAGCUAAAAAAGGUUACUCCGAGUAACCUGUAUUAGCGAGAAGGAAAAAAAAUCACGAAGAAAACGACGACGACGAUAAAAAAGCGAAUCACUUUGGUUUGGUGGAGGAAAAAGAAGCAAACGAAGAAGCUCCGAAAGCAACAGAGCGAGUAAAGAGUGUAGUGUACAGUAGUUUGAUGUGGUGUGGCGAAGAAAUAAAGGGAAGAAGCACACCUUGGUCGAUAGGUUUUAGCGAAUAUAUUUUUCUUCAAUCAGGAAGGGCAACCUUGUGCCCCUAUCGCGCGGGUCGAGAUCGGGGGUGUGGGUGGGAAAAAGUGAAAAUUUUCGAUAGCAAUUUGUGCACGGAAGGCAGGAGUCAACCCUAGAUUUUCGGACGGAAGCGGAAAACGGGGACGCAGCCAGCCGUUCCUGUGGUCACAGAAAGGCACGGACGAUGCCGAAAUGUGAUGUCAAAACCAGAUACAUCCCAGCGACCUUCGCCUGGACGCUCCUGUUGGGCACAACGUUCCUGUUUUUCUACUAUCCAUGUCGCCAGUUCUACAUACAGCGACACCCAUGGGUGCCGGCGUACCAGGCCGUCAUCACGUUUUUCGUCAUCGCCAACUUUACGAUGGCCACCUUCAUGGAUCCCGGCGUCAUACCGAAAGCCCCACCUGACGAAGAUCGCGAGGACGAGUUCCGAGCCCCGCUGUACAAGAAUGCCGAGAUCAACGGCAUCACGGUGCGGAUGAAAUGGUGCGUGACGUGUAAGUUCUACCGACCGCCACGGUGUUCGCACUGUUCCGUCUGCAAUCACUGCAUCGAGACCUUCGAUCACCACUGCCCGUGGGUGAACAACUGCAUCGGCCGGCGGAACUACCGGUUCUUCUUCUUCUUCUUGAUCUCGCUGUCGAUCCACAUGCUGAGCAUCUUUUCGCUCUCGCUGAUCUACGUCCUCCAGAAGGAGAAGGACAAGCUGACGGAGGUGGAACCCAUCGUGGCCAUGGUCCUGAUGGCGAUCGUCACCCUGCUGGCGAUUCCGAUCUUCGGCCUCACCGGAUUCCACAUGGUGCUGGUGUCGCGAGGGCGAACCACCAACGAGCAGGUGACGGGCAAGUUCAAGGGUGGCUACAAUCCGUUUUCGCGCGGCUGUUGGAACAACUGCUGCUACACCCAGUGCGGUCCACAGUAUCCGAGCUUACUGAAACCGCAGAAAUACGUCGCCCGUCGAUCGAACAAGGAAAACCAAUCGAUCAGCACGAUCACGAAUGACGGCGGCCCUGGUGGUGGUGGGGGAGGCGGGUCCGCUGGUGGAAACUCCAGCCGCCACCUAAACUCCCAGCAGCAGGCCGUAAAUGCGGCCGGAGCCGGAGGGGCCGGCGGCCAGGGCAUCUAUGAUAACAGCCGCCACACGCAGGUAAAAACCUAUAUGGAUCAUGGCAAUGGUCACGGUAUUCGUACGGUCGGAUCCAGCCACUACAGUAAGCUAUCACCGGGACGUGAGUGUUCCGACAUUGACAUGGAACCGCAGGCAUCGCAGAGUCGGGACUGUGAACCGACACCCCCGCUGCAGCGGCAUGGUUCCAAAAGCAACUUUUUCCUACCACCAAUUGAUGGUAACGGAGGAUUGAACCUGAACGGAGGCGGCCAGAUCGUUCAGGGAGGCAACGGUGGCGGCGAUUCGCCACGGCACAUACGCAUGUACCACCCGCGGCACAGUCCCCACCCUCGUCAGCGUGGGUUGGAUCCGUCCCGAAGUUUCACGCCGGAAGGCCUGUCGCCGGAUCAACCGCCACCGAUGAUCACGAUCCAGCAGCAGCAACAACAACUACAGCAGCAGCAGCAACAGCAGAACCAGCAAGGUUUGCCGCGUGGAGCCUCUGCGACACCCACAAUGCAGCAAAGAAUUAAAGCACUCGGUGUAGCGACACCAUUAGCAAUGUCUAGUCCCGUUAGAAGGUCCAAUCCAGGCACGCCAACCCAACCCCGGCGACCGGAUUUCAUCGGAGUGAACAUGGUUGGCCAACAGCAGCAGCAGCAGCAGCAACAACAACAACAACAACAACUUCAGCAGCAGCAGCCCGGUGCGACUUACUACGAUUUCCCACUGCAGCAACAAGCGCAGCUCCAUCAAACGGGUCUUCCCCCGGUGCAUCCCUACCACCAACAGCAGCAGCAACAACAGCAAUCCCAGUACCCAAUGGUCCACCACAAUGGUGGUCUACCUCAGCAGCAGCAGCAAUCGCAGCAGCGAACCCCGAACGUCGUCUACCACCACGGAAGUCCCCAGCGGCGGUAUCUCUCGGAAGGUGAGUUGGCCCGCCAAGGCGCCGAGCUUUCCUACGCCAGGAGCAACCAGACCGUGGACAACAUCCGAGAGCUAGCCGGUAGUCCCCAGCGGGGGGUCUACAUGUGGAAGGACAUGUCGCCGGGUUUUAGCAAUGACGGUAGCAAUCAAACGCAGCAGCUUCUAGGCAAUCCGCAGCAACAGCCACAACAAUCGCCGGGCGUAUUUGUGAGCAUGGCCACAUCGGUGUACCAGAACACGCCCAGUCCAACGGCAGCUCAGCAGCAGUCGCAGCAACCGCAAUAUGGAGGCGUCAGUGCCGCCAGGUAUCAGCUCCAACAGCAACAACAGCAAGCCACCAUGAAUAGCUACCAUCCGGCGUUACGGGGUGGUGUUCCAGUGUUCCCUCCGCAACCUCUUUCGCCGACGGCGGUCAGCAUCGGCAACGGUAACAAUCAGCAACAAUCCGCACAAGUUGGCGUCAGCAAUUCUGUGGUCGGCAACAGCAUUGGCCCGCAGGCGCCUUCGCCGCAGAUCAAGCGGAAAGCCACGCCCACCCGGCCGAUGUCGUUCGUGAGGGCUCUGGAGAUGACCGAUUCGAUGGAGCUGAAUCCAACGGACAACGGGAGUAACAAUGGUGCCGGCGGCAGCAGUAGUGGUGGACAAUCGUCAGGUGGACGGGCGACGACACCGACGCCUCCGGAUCGGGGAAGCGUGUACGAUAUGAACUAUGAGAUUUCCGUUUAGCAACAACAACAACAAGAGCAGUUCGGGAGUGGAAACGGUAAUUAGGAUUUUUUUUUAUAGUUGGAAAAAUGAAAGUCGUGGCGGGUGAUCUUCUCGCGUGGGGGGCAUUUCGGAAAUUUGUUGGUAGCUUACUCAUUUUGUUGAUUGUUUUAAAUGAGUUUUCGUUUCUGUUUUCUUCCGAAAGCGAACGGGAAGCAGUAGAUGUGUGGUAGCAGGAACGGUACGCGGGUGGAUUAGAUUUAGUUUCCUUCGUUUGGUAUCCUUUGACAAACUAAUCGUGUCAGAAUGUUGACAACCUGGACAAAUCAGGACAUUUUGGAUCUCUCAGGGAAUUUCUUUGAAAUUCAGGGAAAUAUUUCUUAAUCACAGAAACUUAUUAAUAAGUAUGACUGACUUCGCUAGUUUCAAACAACUUAAUUGCUCGGUGUAGUUUGAGGAUGGCUGUUCAUUUUAAAUUUUAAAUACAGUUGCAAAUCUGUAGUUGCUCAAUGCUUGAAGUUGUCUUUUUGGCAAGUUGAGCAAAAAUACUCAAAUAAAAGGGUAUGUCGAUGAUUUUGGGCCUGAUAUAAAUUCAGCUGCCACAUUUCUAAGUUGAACGGAGAUCCUGAGGAUUGAUAAAAAUCCAUUUCCGUAGAUGCUAGACGUUGUUAGAGUUAUUGCAAAAUUUAACCUCCAAAUGGGUAAGGGAAGGAGGGGCAUAGUGAGCUUCCUGUGCUUGAGCCUUGGAUUUCUUAUGGUUCGAAACAAAAUUAUUUGCUGUUUAAUCAUUGCAAUGGUGAUAUUGAACCUACUACCAAUUAAUUUGUUUCGAACAAUUAGAGGUUUGGGACUGGAGUGUGGGAUGCUCAUUAUGCCCCUCUUACCUCGGCGUCUCUUACUGCAUGUUACACCUAAUAACGUCCGACAAAAUUUAGCCUUCGAGUAGAUUGGUGCGUCUGCUAGAUCCAGCUGUGUCCGACAAACAUCAAUCCCUUGAGCGCAUUGGAGCGCCUUUGAGUAAAUGCUAGAAUGGUGAAGAGCCUCAGAGAAUCAAGUCUGUGGCAUUUUUGUUUGAUUGCUUGGAGUAGCACUUUUAUGAUUGAAUUCCUUUCAUUCCAAGAUACGUAGACAAGCAUAUCCUUGACAGUAUUGUAUAUUGUUUACUUGGUUCUACAUCAACAGACUGGGUUUAGUCCUAAUGAUGGAUUAAGCAAUACUAGGAAAUACAAUAUAGUCAAGAAGUAACAAGCUGCAAAGGCCGUGAAGUCCAACUUAAUUCCUAAUUCUUAAAAAUAUAUCACGAAAUCUCUGACGCAGCGUCUCGCGUGCCUAGUGAAAAUCAAAUAAGGAAGCACCACGAUUGAAAACCCU